AUGGCCCGCACCGCAACCAUCAACCGCGACACCAACGAGACCAAGAUCCAAGUCACCCUCAACCUCGAUGGCGGCGAGCUCCUCCCCUUUGAGUCCACGCCCUUCUGGGACAAUAUCGACAAGCAGGCACAAAAUGGGAUCGACAAGGAUCACGCAUCACAAAAGAGCACAUCCCAGGCGAUAAGCGUGGACACCGGCAUCGGCUUCCUCGACCACAUGCUACACGCUAUGUCUAAACACGCCGGCUGGUCCCUCCGCCUGCGCUGCAAGGGCGAUUUGCACAUCGACGAUCACCACACCGCCGAGGAUACUUGUCUGGCGCUGGGCGCGGCGUUCAAGGACGCGUUGAAGGGGAGCACGGGGCUCGCACGGUUCGGAUACGCGUAUGCGCCGCUGGACGAAGCGCUGUCCCGAGCGGUCAUAGAUCUCUCAAAUCGCCCAUUCUGCGUGACGGAGUUGGGGCUGAGGAGAGAGAAGAUUGGGGAUCUGAGUACCGAAAUGAUACCGCACUGCCUGCAAUCCUUCGCGCAGGCCUCGGGCACCACGCUGCAUGUGGACUGUCUCCGCGGCGACAACGACCACCAUCGCGCCGAGUCAGCCUUCAAGGCGCUUGCCGUCGCCAUACGGCAGGCCACCACCGUCGUGAAGCAGUGGGAAGGUGAGGUCAGGAGUACUAAGGGCGUGCUGUACUAG